AUGGUACCAUUUUCUUUUACCAAACUUUCACUAUUAUCUUUAGUACUUUUUAUGUGGCAAUAUCCCAACUAUCACGAAGAUGAUUUUACAAGGCAGGGUGUGAGUACUUUACUACAAGUACAUAAUAAAGUAGGUAGAAAUUUAGCAAGCAAAGAAGAAAAGAAAGAAGAAAAGAAAGAAGAAAAGAAAGAAGAAAAGAAAGAAGAAAAGAAAGAAGAAAAGAAAGAAGAAAAGAAAGAAGAAAAGAAAGAAGAAAAGAAAGAAGAAAAGAAAGAAGAAAAGAAAGAAGAAAAGAAAGAAGAAAAGAAAGAAGAAAAAAAAGAAGAAAAGAAAAAAACAAAUAAAACAUUAUUUGGAAAAAAGGGCAAAAAAGAAGAAGUGAAGGAAGGAACUAAGAAGGGAUCUGACGCGGGCAAUGGAGCCCAGAAUACUGAGGGGGAUAAGGAGGAUUCCGAUGGGACUUCCAGUGAGGACGCGAAAAAGCGAAAACCAACAUGGAAUGAUCUUUCAGUUGAGGAAAUGCGCAAACAGCUGGCACAAGAGGAAACCCGUAACCAUAAGAAAAAACUUACUCCUGAACAAAAGGAAGCGUUGGACAAGAAAUAUGAGUACCUUUUGAAAAAGUUAUUAGAUGGGGAGGCUGGGAAGGGAAGGAAUACCUUAAGGGGCGCUCAGAAACCAGCACAACAAAAAGUCCAAGAGAAAAAAGAUUCUAAUGAAAAAGGUGCUCAGAAACCAGCACAACAAAAAGUCCAAGAGAAAAAAGAUUCUAACGAAGAAGGAACUCAGGAACCCUCUAAACAACAGGAUGAGGAAGAAGAAGACUAA